UUCUUUGAAACCCAGCCUUGAACUACUCUUCUUCUAUUUAUUGAUCAUAUUCAUAGCACCCACCUACUGGGUCCGGCCUUGGGGUUGAUAUUUAUGCUUCUGCUGCCAUUAGUGAGACUGAGAGCGAGACAGACGGACAGACGGACGGACGGACAGACAGAGAUGUGUACAUUGGAGAAGAGGGGCAAUGUCUUUGUGCUUGCGAUCACCGGCCCCGGCGAGCACAGGCUGAACCCCACCCUCGUCGGCUCCCUCCGGUCUGCCCUUUGCCGUGUCCGCGAAGAGCCUAAUUGCUCCGCCCUUGUCACCACCGCCGAAGGCAAGUUCUUCUCCAACGGCUACGACCUCUCCUGGGCCCAGAACCACCGCGACCGCCUCGAGCUCAUGUCGUCCGAGCUCCGGGCCCUCGUCCGCGACCUCAUAUCCCUUCCCAUGCCUACCAUCGCCGCCGUCACCGGCCAUGCUUCCGCAGCCGGCCUCAUCCUUGCGCUGAGCCACGACUACGUCCUGAUGAGGAAGGAUCGGGGGUUUCUUUACAUGAGUGAGGUGGACAUCGGCCUCGUGCUCGCCAAUUGGUUCGUGACGCUGAUCAGGAGCAAGAUCGGGUCGCCGGCGGCAAGGCGCGAGAUGUUGAUGAAGGCGGCGAAGCUGACUGCCGCGCAGGGGGCGGCGAUGGGGAUCAUCGACUCGGUUCACGACGGCCCGGAGGAGACGAUCCGCGCCGCCAUUAGGCUUGCCGAGGAGCUGGUCGUGAGGGAAUGGGACGGACACGUGUACGCCGCUAAUAGGAUGGUGGUCCUGAGGGAAGUCUUGGAUUCUCUCGGCUCCGAUGAGGCCGUAGAAGCCGCGGCUAACCGGGCCAGCUCGAAGCUCUAGCCUGGUUGGGCUUUUACUUUUUGGGCCGAAGGCAUUGGACCCAAAAUUACCUUAUGUUAUAUUAACCCUGUAAUUCUGACCUAUCUAUCAAAUGUGUCAUUAUAAAUCAAAUCCUUUCACGAAUGAAAAUAAAAUAUGAAAUCACCUUAAAUUUUUUUUUUUA